AUGGCUGCAUACUGUUUCAUUAUUUUGAUAGUGAUUGUCAUGAGAUUUCACGGGCUUGAUAUCUACAACUCAAAGCCAGUGAGAGAGAAGCAAAUAACACGGAUUAUUGGAAAGAUAACAACAAUUGCUGCUGCGAUUAAUCUUAGAUUAUCAGGAAGGGCGCCUGUGCUUCCAUCCAACAAACUUUCUUACACACAGAAUUUCCUAUACAUGCUAGAUUCUUUUGGCAAUCUAUCGUAUAAACCUAAUCCUCGGCUAACUCGAGCACUGGACAUUAUCUUCAUCCUACAUGCAGAACAUGAAAUGAAUUGCUCCACAUCUGCUGUACGACACCUCUCAUCAAGUGGUGUUGAUGUAUAUACUGCUAUUGCUGGGGCCAUUGGAGCUCUAUAUGGACCUCUUCAUGGUGGAGCCAAUGAGGCUGUCCUCAAAAUGUUGAGUGAAAUUGGAACUGUUGAGAACAUUCCAGCGUUCAUUGAGGGUGUUAAAGCCAGGAAACGAAAGCUCAGUGGUUUUGGACACCGUGUGUACAAAAAUUAUGAUCCAAGAGCAAAGGUCUUGAGAAAACUGACAGAGGAAGUGUUUUCCAUUGUUGGCCGGGAUCCUCUUAUAGAGAUUGCAGUUUCCUUGGAGAAGAUUGCACUGUCUGAUGAGUAUUUCAUCAAGAGAAAGCUAUAUCCUAAUGUGGACUUCUACUCUGGAUUAAUUUAUAGGGCCAUGGGGUUUCAACCUGAGUUUUUCACUAUUUUAUUUGCCAUCCCUCGAAUGGCUGGGUACUUGGCCCAUUGGCGAGAGUCCUUGGAUGAUCCUGAUACUAAGAUUAUGAGACCUCAACAGGUUUAUGUUGGGGAAUGGUUGAGGCAUUAUACACCAGUCAAUCAAAGGACUGAAUCAAGUAACAGUGAUAAAUUUGGUCAAUUGGCUGUAUCAAAUGCCUCAAAGAGGCGACUUGCUGGAUCAAUGGCAUGA